UAGUGACUUUCUUUCUUUAAAAAACCGACCGAGCAGCAAGAGGGGUGGGAUGCAGAACUGAACAGGACAUACUGAAGGGGAAAAUAGAGGGAACGCUAAUGCUACAAAAUAUGGAGUCUUGCCCGAUGUACAUGUGUGUGUUUUACAAUACAUUGAUGUAGCCAGCCAAUAUUUUAUAUUUAUUUGAACUAUUUUUUUGUGUGACAUCUGCAAUGAUGAGGGUCGGGGUUUUGAGCAGGACCGCAGCGAUAGUUCUCUGUCUUUUGGGAUGCAAUGUGUGGGAAGCGGUAACCAAAAGCCUGCAAGAUGACAACGCUCUAAACGAGGUGACUCUGAAGGUUCACCUGAGUGAUGCCAGCACCCACCAGCCCCUGGGCGGAGCAACCAUCGAGCUCUUCGCCAACCACACCCCUGUAACCACAGAGACCUCUGCUGCUGACGGCAAUGCCUACCUGCGUUUUCCCUACCGCCUUGGAACCCUGCUGGUUGUCACAGCGUCCAGACAGGGCUACGUGCCAAAUUCCGCCCCCUGGAGACCCACCAGACUGCCCGUGUUUUCCUCUCUCAGUCUGGAGAUGCUACCAGAGAGAGCUGCCACUCUGAUGGUGUAUGAAGACCUGAUACACAUUAACUCUGGAUCCCAAGGAUCGAGGGGUCAGUCCUGGGUUCAGUUCCAGCGUCGAGCCCUGAGCCUUCCUCCCAACUCGUCCUACAGCAAUCUCACUGCACUGCUGACUGUGGCCAACAACCCCAGCCACAUCCAGCACUUCCCCUACCUACAGGGCUUGGGGGGCAACGGAACAGGAAGUGAGCGUAGGUUUGAGCUGACUCCAGUGGCGGCCAUCUCUGUCCACCUAUUGACCAGUGAGGGGGUGGAGCUCCAGGUGAACGGCCCAAUCAGCAUCUUCAUCCCUCUACCGGCCAAUAGCGGCCUGAAGGAGAACCAACACAUCCCAGCCUGGAGGUUCGACCCCAGUCUAGGGGCCUGGUUGAAGAGCAGUCUGGGCUAUGUCCAGAGGGAGGGAGACCAGCUCAGCCUAACCUACAUCGCCCCUCAGCUGGGAUACUGGGUGGCUGCCAUGUCUCCAUUAUACACAGGUCCGGUGGUGGCAAAGGACAUCAGUACGUACCACACAGUCUUCCUAUUGGCCAUACUGGGAGGCAUGGCUGUCAUCCUCCUCUGCCUGCUCUGUCUACUACUGUACUACUGCAGGCGUGGUUGUGUGAAGCCUCGUCUGUCCCAGCGGAAGCUGACCCUGUCUGGUCUGGAGGGCAGUAAGAGAGACCAGUCCACCUCCAUGUCCCACCUCAACCUCAUCAGCAGCGAGGUUCAUUUGGAGCUGGUCUCUAUGACAGCAGAACCCGACAUGACCACGCCCAUGCUCAAACCCUCCUCCUACGAUCGCCAUGACCUGGUCUCCCAUGGCAACCACAGUCGCAUGUCGCUAGGAAACCACAGCCGAAGUCGUCAUGGCUCAUCGCUAGGCAACCUGACGCCACGCAGCAGAGACUACCGUCAGUCUGUGGAGACGUUCCCGUUUAAGUCAGCCCUCUCCACCGGGACGGAUGCCGGCUACCGCCAAUCAUACACCUCCAUCUGCUCAUCCAUCAAUCAGCUCCCAGAUAGACUUUCCUCCUCAAAUCAGGUGCAGGCGUCAGCAAGUCAAUUGAGUGGUGUUGGGGAGGGCGGGACUAGUGUGCUUGAGGCUACCUCGCCCUGCUCCCCACCUGUUUCCCCUAUCAGAGGGGAGGGGUGUGAGCGCAGACCCCCAGACUACCUCCUGUCCCGGUCUGUGGACCACCUGGGCUCCCUGCCCCUCUCCCUCCCCAGGCCGGGCCAGCUGCUGUGCUGUGGCUCUGUGGACCUGCUGAGUGGAGGAGACGGUUACCCCAGGAGGAUCCGGCCCACCCUGGUGAUCCCAGCCCACUACAUGCGCCUGCCGGGGGAGCACCCGCUGUGUGGCCAGGCCCUGUUCUUACAGACUGACCAGCAGAGUGACCUGGAGACCAUCCAGGCUGAGCUCAACGCCUCACACUCCCAGCAGCCCCUGGGGCAAACACACGCCGAUUAUGCUACCGCCUCAGCCAACCAGGGACAAGGAGAGGGGCAAGGGGAGUGGAGCAGCCUAUCAGAGUCCCUGUCUAUCCCGACAGCACUUGGGGAGGCAGGGAUUAUGCAAAUGAACGGCGAGGACACGCUAUUGGCCGAGAGGAAACUGAUGGAACUGCGGGGAGGGAAGCCCCUCACACACCCGCGCGCCUGGUUCGUCUCAUUGGACGGUCGGUCUAACGCCAUCAGACAUUCUUACAUAGACUUGCAGCGGGCUGGGCAAGCCAAGGGGAAUCCAGGUGGAGGAGGUAGCCAUGGUAACAACAGUGGUGGUAGACAUGUCAAUGGAAACGACGCAAGUCUGGACUCCGGGGUGGACCUGAAUGAGCCCAGAGCAGGGCGGAGGGGGAGGGAGGUAGAGAGGAAGGUAGGAGAGCGGGAAAGAGAGAAAGACAGAGAGAGGGGGAGGACAAAGAGCGGCCCUCCUGCCAUGGCCUACACCCAGCUGGUAUAUGUGGAUGACCUGGAGGGGGAGGAGGAGACUCCUGAGUGUAGCCCCCAGGACAGCCCUUUAGGUCCAGGGUUGCAGAACACACAGGGACAUCAACAAGUAGAGGAAGAGGAGGAGGACAGAGGAGAGGAAGAUGAGGCGGAAGAGGAACACAGAGGAGAGGGGAUGAUACAGGAAGAGGCUCCUUCACCCCUCUCCUCCCCCUCCUCCUCCCCCUCCUCUCCACCCCCACUCACAGAGACAGAGGGCGUGGUUUUCAGGACUGAGCAUGACCAGACGGCCCUAUUGUCUGUUGCCCCUGACGACCAUGGAGAGGAGGAGAAGAAGAGCCCCUGGCAGAAGAGGGAGGAGCGCCCCCUACUGGCAGUCUUUAACCUCAAAUAACCUCUGACCCUUGAACUAUGACCUUACUUCCCCUCCCACCACCCUACCCCAAAGUGACAUGAAGAAGGAUUGGCCAGCUAUAGAUGUACAGAUCAUUCAGGAAGUACAUCUGCACUGGGAGCUAAAUGGAACUGUCAGUGAAUGGAAACGAUUGGAACAGUUGGAAGUCCAUUGGAACUCCAUACAUUCUAAUGUCUAAUCCUUCCUGUGUAUCAUCAUAGCCCCACACUACAUGGACAGGCCACUGACUAGACAUGCCAUAGAGACUUUGUCUGAGUGAUACAGAUGAACUCCUGAAGUGAAAACAAACUAAACAACGUCAGAGAACAUGUAAUGCACAACUGCUAUGCCUUCAGCAAAAAGGGGCUGUAGAAUAAAGUAGACAGACAAUGAGUGUGUUUCAAUACUUAGCAGCAGCCUCCUUUCCUCAGUCUUAUCUGCUUCAGUCCACUGAUCUGAAAAGCAUCGGACAAGUAAAAGCAAUAUGGCGAAUGUCUACUGGCAGGUCUAGGUAGAAGGAGUAGUGGUGUUUUAAGAUCAGUAACUAGGACAGGAUAUACAUACAGCAGGAAAGGAAGCUACUCUAAUGUUUAAUGCUGCAGGUAGAUGUUGCCCAGAGGCACAGAUCUACGAUCAGUUUUCCCCCCCACAAGUCUUAAUCUGGGCGGCAGGUAGCCUAGCGGUUAGAGCGGUGGGCCAGUAAUGUAAAGAUCGCUGGUUAGAAUACCCAAGCCAAGAAGGUGAAACAUCUGUCGAUGUGCCCUUGAGCAAGGCACUUAACCCUGAUUUGCUCCAGGGGCGCCGUUCUACUAUGGCUGCAUCUAUCCAGUGUAUGUGACACUAAAACAUAUUUUAUUUUGUUAUUUUUUUAGGUUUUUAUUUUCCAACAUUAGGGAACCUUAGAUUAGUGUGUGUGUAACUUCAGUUUCCCAUCCACAUGACUGGUGAAUCAGAUAAUGGGAUACAGCCCCCUCUGUUGGUGACUGUUGAUAUUGCAGCACUCUACCAGUGAGGUUUUAUAUGAAGGUUUUUGUGUUGAACCACUGACUUCAGCAUACUUUGCUCUGAACGUCUGGCUAUGCAUCACUUUUAUACAGUUGCUUGAGAUGCCUUGUUUUGUAAUUUUAAGUACUCUGUGAUUUUAGUUGCCAAACUAUUUUACUCAAAUACGUUUAUGCUAUUUUCUACUCGGAUAUGUUUUAUCGUUUUUUUUCCCUUACUGUAAGUACAGAGUUUGAAACACACACACACCCAAGCCUUUUCUCUGAAACCAAACUGCAUCCUGACGUUUGGAAACCACUAUAAUCGACUUCCUCGUUUUCCAAGUGCCUUUGAACAAGUUGACUCGUACACAUCAGUUGAUCAGUUCAGCAAGCUAUUUAUUUCUCCUCUCCCCUGUUGAGCUCUAACCCUCCACUACCUCAUCCCUCUCUCCUCUCCUCCCUCUGUCCCUGACAGACAGCAUGCAGUAACCCCAUCUCACCUCUCCUCAGUCACAAAGGGAGAAUGCUGUGUGGCCAUAGCUAGAUUGUUUAUUGAUUUUUGCAUCUGCCUCUGUGUGCCAGUGUGUAGUCAUGUCUUUCUGCACAAGCAUGUGCCUGAGUGUUCAUAUCUGUGCGUGCAGACAAUAUACUGCAGGUCGUGUGUGUGUGUGACAGCAAAUGACAUCUGAGGCAUUACAGUGUAUAUAGUUCUCUCCUCUACAUGUUGACAUGUGAGCUAGUGUUGUGAAUGAUCUCUCUCUCUCUCUCUGUCUCUCUCUCUGUCUCUGUCUCUCUCUCAUCCUCUCUCUCUCUGUACUCCAUCACCAUAGUUACCACUCUGGAAGAGUACUGUAUGUUACUGUUCCAUCCAUUCUGAAUGUCUUAACUGGUUGCUUGUAUUAUAAUUUACACUUAUUAUUCUGAAUAAAGAGACAAACUGGA